AUGCCGAUCGCCCAACAGACGAGCUUAGGAUGGAUCCUGUCCGGGGGCUACGAUGCAGCAGCAACCGAAGGACAUCGCAGCACGUUCCAGUGCACCGCAGACCACGACCUCGCUGACAUGGUUCGACGCUUCUGGGAGCAGGAACACGAGCCAGUGGCUGGGACACCGCUUACCGCCGAUGAAGCCAGAUGCGAGGACAUCUACGUGCGCACGGUCACACGCACGUCCAGUGGACGAUACAUGGUGAGGCUGCCAUUUACUUCACCGCCGCCGACAUCGCUCAGCGAGACUCGUCGACCUGCUGAACGCCUACUGGAUGCCAUGGAGCGGAAAGGAGCACGAGAUCGUCGUUUCGGUGACCUCUAUCUAGACUUCAUGGAGGAAUACGGGAACCUACAACAUAUGGAGAAGCGCACACGGUCCGGAGAGUCGCUGAACGCACACCUCCUCACUGGAGCCAAUCUCUUGCCAGCACUCGCUGACGUCCUACUUCGUUGGCGUUGGCAUCGGUUCGUGCUCGUCACGGACAUCGAGAAAAUGUACCGACAAAUCCUCGUGCAUCCGGAGGACUGUCGCCUGCAAACUAUCCUGUGGCGCCACAACAGCUCUGACGACGUCCACGAGUACGAGCUGAGGACCGUGACCUAUGGGCUAGCGUGUGCACCCUUCCUCGCCAUCAGGACUCUUCAUCAACUCGCAGCAGACGAAGAGGCACGAUAUCCACGCGGAGUCAAGGCACUGCGACACGACUGCUACGUCGACGACGUGGUCACCGGCGCCGAUAGCUUGGAAGAUGCUAUCGACCUUCAGCAGGAACUACGGAGUCUUUGCACGGCGGGCGGAUUUCCUUUGAGAAAGUGGGCCGCCAACGAUCCUCAGGUGCUCACAGGAAUUCCACCAGAACAUCAGCUGCAACGUGGGCCGCACUCAUGGGAAGAAGAGAGUCACGCUACCCUGGGCCUCCGAUGGCAUCCUCAAGGCGAUUGGUUCUCCUUCUCAAUUCGUCCACGUCCAGUCACUGAUCUCACAAAGCGACGAGUUCUAGCCGAAACGGCUCGGCUCUUUGAUCCGAUGGGUUGGCUCGCGCCUGUCGUCAUCAGAGCCAAAAUCCUGAUCCAGACGACGUGGCUUCAACGGCUGGAUUGGGACUCUCCGCUGCCUGAUCAGGACGCACACCGCUGGAGGCAGUUGUUGGAUCAGCUUCCUCUAUUGGAUAACAUUCGUGUAACUCGCUGGCUCAACACCGGGGACGACCAUUCGCAACUGCAGCUCCAUGGGUUUGCCGACGCUUCAGAGCGAGGAUACGCCGCCGUGGUGUACAUCCGCAACGCUGCAACAGAAAAAACGUCAAUCAACCUAUUGAUGGCAAAAUCGAAGGUCGCGCCUGUCAAGCAGGUGUCGUUACCUCGCUUGGAACUCUGUGCAGCAGCUCUACUUACCACGCUCAUGCUCCACGUGCGCGCUACUCUCGGUUUGACAACGACGCCGGUGCAUCUGUGGUCAGAUUCAAGGGUCACACUUCAUUGGAUCCGCGGACACAGCACUCGUUGGAAAACCUUCGUCGCCAACCGAGUAUCUCAGAUCCAGACCCUGCUUCCAGACGCUCAAUGGAGACACGUCGCUGGACGAGAGAAUCCUGCAGAUUGCGCAUCGCGCGGUGUUACUCCUGCUGAAUUAAUCAAUCAUGAGUUGUGGUGGACAGGACCUACCUGGCUCUCAGGAGACGAGACUGCAUGGCCGGGUUCAAACAUCGACGUCCCAGAGGAUGACCUCCCGGAGCAGCGAGCCACCGGUCUGGUAAUCAAGGCACCGGUCUCGGCAGAACCUGACCUCCUCCUCCGAUUUCCAACGCUGCACAGGCUGCUGCGGGUUACGGCAUGGUGUCGGCGAUGGCUCAAUAAGGCGAGACGUGACGCCAUACCUGGCCGUCUAUUGCAUCCGGACGAGCUGGACGUCGCCUUAUUUCGAUGGCUGCGAGUGGUGCAGGCGCUCCACUUUCCUACGGACGUAGCUGCGGCUUCUGCUGGACGCACUAGCCCACCACGAAGCCACCUAGCGAUGUUGAGUCCGGUCCUCGAUGAUCAAGGCGUGCUGCGCGUCGGAGGACGUCUCAAACAUGCUCAGCUACCACUCGACGAGAAACAUCCAAUGAUCAUCCCGGCGGCAUCAUGGUUGACUCGGCUGGUGAUCGAUUCCUGCCACCGACGGACGCUGCACGGAGGUGUGCAACUGACUCUCGGCCUGCUCCGCCUGCGCUUCUGGGUGCCUCGAGGAAGGACUACCGUCAAACAGCAGCUACACCGAUGCAUAACCUGCACUCGAUGGCGCGCCGCCACACCACAGCCUCCGAUGGGUAACCUGCCUCGGGAGCGAGUAACGCCAACUCGACCGUUCCUCAGCACCGGCUUGGACUACGCGGGACCAAUCCUCCUCCGGACCAGCAAGGGGCGUGGACACCGUGCGCACAAGGGGUACAUCGCAGUCUUCGUCUGCUUCUGGUCAAAGGCCGUUCACUUAGAAGUCGCACUCUCAGAUGAUCCAGAGGACGUUUCGGCGCUGACCCCCGGUCACUUCCUCAUCGGGACACCGCUCCUCGCCUUGUCAGAACCGUCAUUGACAGAGCAGACGGUGUCCACCUUGUCACGUUGGCGUCAUCUGCAGCGGAUGAGGGAUCACUUCUGGCAGCGAUGGUCAUCCGAAUACAUGCACGGACUCGCCCCACGCACCAAGUGGCUCAAGGAUGCACCUGCACCCCACGUCGGCGAUCUCUGCCUCGUUCGCUCCGAGAUCACCCCCCCGAACCGAUGGCCCCUCGCUCGCAUAUCGUGUUUGCAUCCCGGGGACGAUGGAGUUACACGCGUAGUGACGAUCCGAACGGCCACGUCCGAGCUCGUGCGCCCACUCGUCAAGCUCGUGUUUCUUCCGGGCGUGAACGACGUUCCUACACCGCACGUUGACGCAUAG